UGUGUGUGUGUGUGUGUGUGUGUGUUAGAGUUAGAGCUGGGAAAACACUAAAAUGUGCAAGACUAGGAACCUGUGAUAACCUAGGGUUAGGGCUAGGGUUAUAUAAGGGUGUAUAAGCUAUAAUAAAAGAGAGUGUAAUAUUUAGUAAUGUUUAUUUAGUGCAACGCAGCAGCAGUGAUCCAAAUUAGAUCUCGAUUAGCAAACGAGCUGCAUGAGAUGACUCUGACUUCAUCAGUGACCAGAGCAAGAAGACAAAACAACAACAAAGUGCUCAACGUUCUAACAAGUCACAUGUUUUGCAGUGGAACCACCACACACUUUCUGACAGGAAGUGUCAGUUAUGGAAGACUCCAGAUCAGAGUUAUUUACAAAAGGAGAAGCUCCGCGACAAAGCAGCCUGUUUCUGAAUCUAUUUAAAGAGUUCAGGUUUGAAGCGUUACACAACCCUCCGGCUCAGACGCAACAUCAGAUCAUCCUGCAUUGCUUACACAUGUCCUCUUCUGAACACCAGUCUAGAAAAAAACACACCUCAAACCUGUUCUACCAUGAACAGCAUUCUGUAGAGAACCACACCUCAAGCCUGUCCCCAACCGACCGCCGAUCUGGAGAGGGCUUCACCUCAAGCCUGGCCCCAACCGACCGCCGAUCUGGAGAGGGCUUCACCUCAAGCCUGGCCCCAACCGACCGCCGAUCUGGAGAGGGCUUCACCUCAAGCCUGCCCCCAACCGACCGCCGACCUGGAGAGGGCUUCACCUCAAGCCUGUCCCCAACCGACCGCCGACCUGGAGAGGGCUUCACCUCAAGCCUGUCCCCAACCGACCGCCGAUCUGGAGAGGGCUUCACCUCAAGCCUGCCCCCAACCGACCGCCGACCUGGAGAGGGCUUCACCUCAAGCCUGCCCCCAACCGACCGCCGACCUGGAGAGGGCUUCACCUCAAGCCUGCCCCCAACCGACCGCCGACCUGGAGAGGGCUUCACCUCAAGCCUGCCCCCAACCGACCCCCGACCUGGAGAGGGCUUCACCUCAAGCCUGUCCCCAACCCACCGCCGACCUGGAGAGGGCUUUACCUCAAGCCUGCCCCCAACCCACCGCCGACCUGGAGAGGGCUUUACCUCAAGCCUGCCCUCAACCGACCGCCGCUCUGGAGAGGGCUUUACCUCAGGCGUGGCCUGUACUAAACCUCAAACUGGUGAGGACUAUACCUCAGGUGUGUCAUGUACUAAAUAUCAAUCAUCAGAGGACUACAUAUCAAAUCGGUCAUCUCCUGAAUCAGAGAAGAAACUUCUAUCAUGCUUCAAGUGUCACUACUGUGGCAAGUCAUUCAGCCGGCAGCGUUACCUCAAAAUGCACACUGUCCAAGGAGAAGAUGCCUUUAACUGCACAUCAUGUGGGAAGCUUUUCUCUGCUAAAUGUAGCUUGAUGGCUCACAGACGUUCUGAGCAUAAAGGAGAAAAACCUCUAAAAUGUGAAGAGUGCGGGAAAGCUUUCGCAACAGCUAAAGCAAGACUGGCGCAUCAAUCGAGUCACAAUGGAAACAAGCAGUUUAACUGCCCAAGAUGUGACAAAACCUUCCUGAGCAAGCACAUGCUAAGUACACACAUCCUGAGUGAACACCAGGGAACGCAACCCUUCGGUUGUGACGUCUGUGGUAAAAGAUUCAAGCUGAAGAAUGGACUGAUCUCCCAUCAGCGGAUUCACUCAGGAGCGCGGCCGUAUCGCUGCGAGGAAUGUGGCAAGACCUUCAUCGCUAAAAGCACGUUUAACGUCCAUCAGCGGGUUCACACGGGUGAGAAGGCGUUUAGCUGUGAAACAUGCGGCAGGAGCUUUAGCCUAGCUGCUUGUCUGUCCAGACAUCAGCAGAGCCACAAGGAUUUCAAAUCCUUCAACUGUGACGUCUGCAAGAAGACUUUCGCCCAGGCUAGUCACCUUCGUAUUCAUCGACGCGUGCAUGCCAGCGAGAAAACGUCGCAUGAUUGUGAAACCUGCCAGAAAAGUUUUAGUUGUAACCGAGCUCUCAAGCUGCAUGAGAAGAUUCACAUAACCAAGCGAGCAUUUUCCUGCUCAGUGUGCGCCAAGUCGUUUGGUUCGGAUGCGUAUCUAAGAAGGCACCAGCAGCUCCAUUUAGGAGUGAAUCUGCACCGCUGUGACGAGUGCGGCAAGAGUUUCGUCACAGCCGGCCAUCUCCGCUCACACCUGCAGGUCCACCCACACUUGAGACCUUUCACCUGCACCGAAUGUGGACGGAAAUGCCGCACCCUCGGCGAUCUCGCGCACCACCGACGCGUCCAUACAGAGGACAGCUUCCGCUGUGGGGUGUGUGAGAAGCGGUUCGCGACGAGGAAAAGCUUGUCCUUACACCACCGCGUGCACAGCGGCGAGAAACCGUACUCCUGCAGCGAGUGCGGAAAGACUUUCGCUCACUUAUCCAAUGUCCUCAGACACGCCAGCGUACACACCGGCGAGAAACCCUUCGGUUGCAACGAGUGUGGGAAGUGUUUCCGCCUGGCCUUUAGUCUCAGAGCUCACGCGCAGACGCACGUGAACGAGCAAGAGCGGACGUGCACUGAAUGCGGGAGAGGUUUCUCACGAAUGAAGACCUUACUGAGCCACAAGUGUGCGAAGACGCAAUCCGAGAAGUCCAAAGAGGAGAGGGGGGGGGAAAAAACCCACGAAAAGACAUAAGAAUGUCUCCGAAGACAGGGUUUAAGUUCCGCAACCCGGCGUAAAUAUACAAUAAAUACAAUUUAAUUAAAAAUAUGAAAUAAAAGCAUGAAAACGGUGUUAAAAA